AUGGACAUCGACAAUCGAGCAGCUUCUAAACCUGUAAAGCAUGACUAUUACUUCGAUUCGUAUGCUCACUUUGGAAUUCAUGAAGAGAUGUUAAAGGACGAGCAACGCACGAAAGGCUACAGGAACGCCAUCAUGAACAAUCCGCACUUGUUUCGUGAUAAAUUGGUUUUAGAUGUCGGGUGUGGUACAGGAAUUCUCUCAAUGUUCGCUGCUAAGGCUGGUGCCAAGCACGUGUAUGGAAUAGAAUGCUCGGGGAUCAUUCAUACGGCAAGACAGAUCAUCAAAGACAACGAUAUGGAAAGCAGCAUAACUCUAAUUCAUGGCAAAGUGGAAGAAGUUGAGCUGCCCGUUCCCAAGGUCGAUAUCAUCAUUUCAGAGUGGAUGGGAUAUGCGCUGCUGUACGAGUCCAUGCUAGACACGGUUCUCGUAGCCCGGGACAAAUGGCUCAACCCAGAUGGAAUCAUCAUGCCAGAUCAAGCCACCAUGUACAUGGUGGGGAUCGAAGAUGCGCAGUACAAGGACGAGAAGAUUUACUUUUGGGAUGAUGUGUAUGGUUUCGACAUGAGCUGCAUCAAGAAAAUUGCAUUGCAGGAGCCGUUGGUGGACACAGUGAAUCCAGAACAGAUCUGCACCAAAUCAUGCGACUUGAAAUUCAUAGACAUCAUGACGUGCAAGAAAGAAGAUCUUUCAUUUGAAACCACGUGGAAACUGACUGCCUCUCGCAACGACUACCUCACAGCCUUGGUCGUCUACUUUGAUGUUGGCUUCACCAAGAUCCACAAACCGAUUUGGAUUUCUACGGGUCCUCGCGCUCCCUACACUCACUGGCGUCAGACUGUGUUCUACCUGCACGACCAGCUCACGAUGAAGAAAGACGAAGUCGUGGAGGGAAAGUUUGUCUGCAAGCCCAACCAGAGCAACCACAGGGACUUGGAUUUUGAGAUCUCCUACAAGUUCGAGGGUGUCGAUGGUGUGCAAGAAGCGCAGCACACGUACCGCAUGCGGUAGUUUUGUCCUCAGACGAGAGACGCGAAUAAGAUAGAAAUUGAAAUCAACGCGAUAAACUUUGAA